AUGAGUAUCUCUGAAACGUAUAGUGUCCGGGUUUCAAGCGGCCUCCAUGAGGUGAAUGGUAUGCAUGUUGCGCAUAACUUAGACAAGAAUCUAGUUUUGACCCCUACCGAUGUCGGGGCUCUGAGCUUUUGUCUGCAAUGCAAAGCAAAUGAAACAUCUCUCAUUCUCAAGGACGACUCCAUGUCAGACUUUUUAUCUGUCAUCGGUCCAAGCGGCCGAGGGCCAUAUGAGUUGCAGACUUCGCCUGAAACUAGCCCGUUUGGCAUUGGUUCAAUGAUCUAUCAUGACUUUUCGGUGAAGGUUCUUGGUGAUGGGACUAGGAGCCAUGCUCUGGGAAUUGCCGGCGAGGACAUAAAUGAUGGACACUGGAUGGCGUGGAGAGACCCAGAAGGCAAUGGCGACUGGUCAGUAUAUUGGGUGACGCCUCUACCCUUCAACAUGGAUGAUUUGCCAGGAGCUGUCGCUAUCGAGUUACUUCUCGAUAACAAAGCCUAA